AUUCUGGCUGGGUUGCUUAGUCAUGCGCGCUUAGGAUCAGCAUAGCCGGAACUUGGCAUACACAAGUCCAAGUAGUUAGCAGUCAGCACACUGCACUGCAUAGUUAACUAAUGAAUGACAUAGCUAUUAUUCGGGGUAGAAUUUAACUCUUUUACACCCCAGAAAUCGCCGCAGCUUUUAUCUACUGUACGAGGUUUUACGCGACAAUGCCAGAAAAGAGCGCGGCUUUCAUACCCUCGCUUAUCGUGGUUGAUAUGCAAGAAGACUUCUGCCCACCAAAUGGUUCUCUUGCAGUCCAGGAUGGCCGCUCGAUAGCCCCAUUCAUCAAUUCCCUCCUAGAACUUCCCGGCUUCGCGGUGCGCGUCGCAACACAAGACUUUCACCCGCAUGACCACAUCUCCUUUGCCAGUAAUCACCCAGCGCCCAACAACCGGCCCUUUGAGUCCUUCAUCAACAUGACCAAUCCCGCACCAGGACAGAAGAUACAGAGUAAAAAGCAGCAGCUAUGGCCCGUACACUGCGUAGCAGAAACCAAAGGCGCCUCGAUCAUCCCCGAGAUUAACACGGAGAAGAUCGAUGUGUACGUCCGAAAGGGCAUGGAUCCCCGGGUCGAGAUGUACUCAGCUUUUGCAGACGCGUUUGGCAAUUUGGAUUCUAAUGUUCGAGCCAACUCCGUGGACGUUGAUAUUGCGUCAUAUCUCCAUCAGAAGGGAGUGACUGAUGUGUUUGUCGUCGGGCUCGCUGGCGAUUACUGUGUGAAGCAUACUGCCAUUGACGCUGCGAAGUCCGGGUUCAGGAGCUGGGUUAUUGAGGAUGGGACGAAGUGCGUCACGCCGGGAUCGGGAUGGGAGAAGACCAAGGAAGAAUUGAAAACGGCGGGGGUUUCUGUCAUUGGGAAGGACAGUGUAGAAUUGGCGAAGCUUAAGUCACAACCUUGACCGUGAUGAUGCGUAUACAUGGAGCCCACUGGUUUGGGACUUCCAAUUAUGAAAUGUCGAUUUAACGAAGUCAUGUCAAGGACAGAGUGCCUCGAGCCUGAGCAUUAUUAGCUUCUCUCUUUUCCUUCCUUCCCUCUUCCAAGUCAGUACAGUUGUGUUUGUACUGCACCCG